AUGCAACGGGUCUCGAGCUUCCUUCCGUCGUGGGAGGCCAGGAGGAGAAGUAACGCUAGCACAACGAGCAAUGGCCGAAGCAGUAUCGUCACCGCAAGCAGCGUCAAGUCCCCCCUCGAAAAGGUCUUUCGCUGGUCUAGCAAACCUCCUGCGCCGCUCACCACCGCCGCCCUCGCCUCGACCACUUCCCGCAUCGGCCGCGAGGCUUUUUGGCCCGCCACCCUCGAUGCCGAAUGCGACCGAUCUGCUCGCAUAUUGAAAUCGUUUUGCUCUGUCCCCGACGGCUUCCUGGCACCCUUAGAUGACCUAUCCAAUACUAUUGACGCCAACGCCGAACCCAAAACGCCGGCACGCGUUUUCAAAAAGAUACCCUCUCGCAUAAUACAAAAUGCUGCCGGCAUCGCCAUCUUCACCUGUAUGCGAUCUGGUUUGUGGAUGACCGGAUCGGGCGGCUCAGGCAUUCUCAUCGCCCGCAAAGCCGACGGCACAUGGUCGCCACCCUCGGGCAUUAUUCUGCACACACCCUCACUUAGCUUCAUAAUGGGCAUUGACAUAUACGACUGUGUCCUGGUAAUCAACAACAUCGCCGCCCUUGAAUCAUUAAUAACUAAACCGACCGUUACGUUGGGAGAGGACAUUGGUCUCACCGCCGGACCGCUCGUAGCACUGGAGUCAACCGAAACCGAAAACAGGUGGAAGGACCUCGACAACACUGUUCUGACCUACAUGAAGGCUAGGGGUCAGACACAAAACGUCAAUUUGAACGGCUGCAUUCUGACCGAGCGAGCAAACGAAAACGAAAAAUUCUAUGGCACCAAUGUGACCGCCAUGGAUAUUGCCGCAGGGAACGUGUCGAGGCACGUAGACGAGACACGCCCGCUAUUUGAGGUCAUCAAGGAAGCCGAGGGAAGGAUCGACGCUGACCAGGCCAUUCUGAAGAAGCUGUCAGCAUUGCCGGCACCUGGAGAUGCAAUGAUAGAGACGCCGAGAAGCUCGAGAAGCUCGCCGGCUUCGCCCAAGACUCCUUUUGGCAUCCCUCUAGCGGACGAUCCGGACCCAUACGGUGUUCUCGCGUUGGAGAUGGCGGGGUUGGAAAUCCGAGAGGCCGGCACACGCCUGCGGCCCACGAGCAAUCAGUUUGAGUUUCACCCGGCUCCGUCAAGCCCGGCUUUCUCAAGGUUCCGGCAGAGUGGUGAGACGUUCACGACCAAGAGCAAUAGAGGCAGUCUGAUGUCUACUAAGACGAGUCGUACUAAAAUGUCCGAGGCAUGGACGCAAUCCAACCCGACGGGCACGCCAUACACCUCGCCGAGCCAGAGCCAGAGCCAGAGCGAAGACGGAGCCUCGGUCAAUAGUCUUCCUGUCCUGAAGGAACCGGAAGAGCCAGAGGAAGUGGACUACACCAAAAUCGACUUCACUCCGCUGAGACAGAUCAGCGGGAGCCACUCAAUAGAGGGAACCGUAGUGACAGAUAGUGACGACCAUUUGCGAACCGACGCCAGCACCAUGGAUGAUACGGCUACCAAGGCCUCCAGCGUUUACACCAAGGACGAUGCCAGCGUAACCACCAAACAGGAUGACGAUAAGGUCGAUGUACAGAACGUGGAGCAAGAUGGCGACGCCGACGAUGAGGAUGACGAUGUUGACGACGACGAUGAAGAACCCGUCAUCUUUGAGGUUGCCGCUGUGCAGCCCGCAGCCCGCACCGCCGUUCUGGCCGCCCCUAUUCACGCCAAGGGUGCGCUGGUGACCAUUCCCAAGAGAAUCCCCCCGCCCUUGCCCGCGAGGAGCCCCAUGAGGACCUCCCAUGCCAGCAAGAGCGAUAUCGGGGAUGUCAGCCAUCUCCACAGCCCUCUUCAGUCUUCUUUCACUCCUUCACCCAGACAGUCGAUCGACUCAUCCUCCGUCCGAAGCACAUCAGACAAGAUCCCGUCGAUUACGGAGACGGCGCCGGCCAUGUCCGACGUUGAGAAGUUGGAGAACACCGAUUCUGGCGUGACUGAGAAGUUUCAGGCAAACGAUGUAUCUGAUUCCAAGACACAUGCUGCCCAGGAGCUGGAGCAAGCGACGCCGAUGGCACCUGGGGCCUUCCCGGAUGAAGAGGAAUUCAUGACUCCUCUCGACAUUCCGCUGAGGGAAGAAGCUGCGAGCAUCGACUCGGGACGCAUGGCUCCGAAAGCAGUCGACGCCGUAUGA